ACCAGACGAAGAAGAAGUAGUGAGACAACUAGAUCAAAGGAGACUGCCAAGUUGCGGAAGUGCGCGCUCUGUCUGCAGAGAAUGACACCUUGAAAUGCAUUAGGACCUUGAAGAAACUGGCGUAUUACUUAAUUAUGAGCGCAGCCKGUAUCGACCAAUAACAUGAGUUGGUGUUGGGGAUGUGCUAAUGAAAAAUAUCUGUUCCACUGAACUGACGCCGUUUCGAUUUCAGUAGUUACCAGCGUUGUCCUGAGCGAGACCAAUCGGUAUUUCCAUGCGUCUGGAUUGGUCGGCUGGCGCGUUUCUCGAGUUAUGGGCGCAUUACAGUCAUUAUCUGAUGAACCCGAAUACAGAGAAUUGGCAGAGAAGACGGGYUUUUCCUUAGAGCAAAUUGGAAUCCUGCACAAAAGAUUCAAGCAGUUGAGCCACAAUGAAGACAUGCUGAGGAGAGCUGACCUCGACACAAUUCCAGACCUGGCAUGCAAUCCAAUCCGCACCCAAAUUAUAGAGGCCUUCUUUGACAAAAGUCCUGUUUAAUAUGCACGACACAGACAACGAUGGAACAAUCACUCUGGAGGAGUAUCGACAUGUAGUGGAGGAGCUGCUGUCUCGGAGCGGAGCCCUGGGGAAGGAAACGGCUAAAGGAAUAGCAGAUGCUGCCAUGCUGGAGGUAGCCAGUAUUUCCAUGGGUCACAUGGAACCAGAUGAGUUUUACGAGGGGAUCACUUUUGAACAUUUUCUGAAGAUACUGAAAGAUAUCGAGAUCGAGACGAGAAUGAACAUUCGCUUUUUGAAUAUGGACACGACGACCCUGUGCAAGUGAGGAUCUUCCACUUUUUUUUAUUACUAUGAUGCACAAGCACUCUUCUAUGGUCUUUUUUAUUUAGUGGCCAGUUAGGGCAUACUUUACCUUCUCUGACCAACUAUUACAAAGCUCUGUUUAAUAGUUUUGGGUGACGGUUUAAGCUUCUACUAUCUAGUAGCCUCUAACACACACUUUAUGUUUUUACAAAUGUAUUGGAUAAAAAAAUAUAUAUGUGCAACUAUGCAAAGGUUAGCAGUAGGUAUGUUAUGAAUUUAGCAUGCCUGUAUCUAUCACUCCAUAUUUUAUUCAAGAGUAUUUACAAUGCUCUAAAUGCCAUGAAUCAAUAAUAAAUUCAAUAAUAAUGCAAUCCAGUAAUAACAAUGUAAUAAGCCAGUAAUAAAGCGAUAGCCAAUUAUGCAGCUCCAUGAUUGAAGUGAAUGCAAUUUACCUCCUAGUAUAUCUAGGGCACUGUGUGGAAUAGGCUACAAACAUUUGCACAUCUCUUCUAUACCACCAUCACACCUAAACUGUUUUGCUGCCACUGCCAUCAGUUUGGAAUCAAAACAGGUUAGAAUUUCCAUGUACAUUAAAAAGUCACUGACCAAUAGAAACAAAGUACAACUGACCAGCCUAGCAGUAUAGCAUACUGCACAUUUCCUAUGGCAAGACCCUCCUCAUAUUGAGAUGGUAGUUUCAAGUAAAAUGUGCGUCAGACUUGUGCAAAUGUUUUAAGAAUCAAGCCCACAUUACCAAGCAUUUGUUGACUGUUAGAAAUAGGAACAAUGAUAUGCAACUUGUCUGUGCUGCCCUCUAGAGACCAAAGAAUGUGAAAUAUAUCUCAUUCCCACAUUUAAUCAUCUCUAUACUACCUAUUUWAUUUUUUUAAAUUUGUACAAUUGUGUGACUUCCAUCAAGAUAAAUAUUUGAUUAUUGUUCUUCAUCUACACUUAAAUGACUAAAUCACAGGAGGUUGGUGGCACCUCAUUCUAAUGACUGGAGUGAACAGUUGGAAUGACAUCAAACACAUGGUUUCCAGGUGUUUGAUGUCAUUCCAUUUGCUCCAUUCCUGCCAUUUAUUAUGAGCCGUUCUCCCCUCAGCAGCCUCCUGUGGACUAAAUGGCAUGCAUUCAUUGAAUUAAUUUGGUCUUAAUCAGUUGCAGAUAAAAUGUAUUUUAAGUAGGCACCAGCAAAUACUGCAGCCUGCCGAUAUCUUGAUUGCAUCUACAGAUUGUAGCAUGUCUUGGUCUUUGAAUAUCCAUACACACUGUAUAUUUGUACUGUAAAAUACAAUAUUUUCAUUCCGAUUUGGGAUGUUAUUGUAGCAAGGAAUAAUGUAAAUGAUGUGGCCUUCUCUUUUUAUUGAGAACAUUAAAAUAGGAAACCGCUCACCAAAAKUGUAUAACGUUUGAAUGAWUAUGUACUGUAGGAA